UCAGUGGUUCUUCUUUCACAAGGACUCAAUACAGACACACGCUGGAGAGAGGUCUGGGAUCAGGUGCCAUUGUACAACCUGGGAACUUAGAGUGAUAACAGCUUGCCAAGAGAAGGCACCGAAAGCAUCAGAUCCACUGACCUGGGGAUAUACAGCUUCACCAUCACCCAGCAACACUGGAAUAGAUCAAUUUACUAGAGUGGAUUUCAUGCAGGAGAAACACUGAUAGGUCACCUUUCAAGGUCAAGAUGCUGUUAGACGUCAAAUAUAUCUUUUGGAUAUGCACAACCUUCUAUGUUACAAAUGCAUUCCGUGCAGUUACAGUACAAAAAAGUCCUCCUGUGAAGGGUUCACUAUCUGGAAGAGUAACUCUGCCAUGCUUUUUUUCAACAAUGCCUACGUUACCACCAAGCUAUAAUAUAACAAAUGAAAUUCUGCGAAUUAAGUGGACAAAAAUUGAACAAAGUAGAGAUGGAAAGGAUCCAAAGGAAACAACCGUUCUAGUUGCCCAAAGUGGAGGUAUUAAAAUUGGCCAACAUUACAGAGGGAGAGUAUCUGUACAGAGUCAUCCUGAAGAUAUUGGAGAUGCCUCCUUAACCAUGGUUAAAUUGCGGGCCAGCGAUGCAGGAGUUUAUCGUUGUGAGGUCCUGUUUGGAAUUGAAGAUACUCAAGAUACCAUCUCCUUGGAUGUAUCUGGUGUUGUGUUUCACUACCGCGCAUCUACUGACAAGUACUCCUUGAAUUUUGAGGGUGCUCAGAAAGCUUGUUUGGACAAUGGCGCCAAGAUUGCGACUCCGGGACAACUGAGAGCUGCAUAUGAAGACGGAUUUGAACAAUGUGAUGCUGGCUGGUUGGCUGAUCAAACUGUUAGAUAUCCAAUCCGGAACCCAAGAGCUAACUGCUUUGGUGAUAAAAAGGCUAAAGAAGGGAUUCGGACCUAUGGACUACGCCCUACAGACGAGAAAUAUGAUGUAUACUGUUUUAUGGAUGAUAUACUUGGUGACUUGUUCCAUGUUCCAAAAAAACUGACAUUUGAAGAGGCUAAAGCAGAAUGUAAGAAUAGAGACGCAGUUCUUGCUACAGUCGGAGAUCUCUAUGCAGCAUGGAGGAGAGGUUUUGACCAGUGUGACUAUGGUUGGCUCGCUGAUGGAAGUGUUCGUUAUCCUGUGUCUGUGGCUAGACCCCAGUGUGGAGGUGGUUUGCUUGGGGUGAGGACCAAAUACCGCUUCAGUAACCAGACAUUCUUUCCACAACCACAAAACAAAUUUAAUGUCUACUGCGUUCAAGAUAAAAAGAAUAUAACGGAAUCUGUGCCUGUUAGACUGAUAAUACCAACAGAAGUUGCGACUCCAAGUGUCAUAAAGCAAUUGGAAAUCUUGCCUGUAAAACUUACACCAAAGCCUGUUUUACCCACCACUCCUCAGCCUGAAACACAAGCAGUUUCAAAGGAUAUAGAAGAAACUACAGCGGUGUUACCACACUUAUUAGUGCAAGAAGAAAGUACAGUAUCUGGUGUAACAACGUCAGAGCAAGAUGGAAUUCAGCAGUCGAUUGCUAUUACUUCAUUACCAAAAGAUAUUAUAGAGGAACUUUCACCAUCACAAACGCCCUUCAUAAGUAAAACUACCCCAGAUGAGGUUGCCAUACCUACUGAUCACCAAGCAGUGCCUUCUCAAGAGAUAGAAAAAGUAAGUGAAAGGACACCAGAAGUCUCUACCGAAUCCCCAGCAAAAACACUACCAUCAGAACAAGAAUUACUGGAAACGCAAAGUUCAAUUACUCUAAGAAAAGAGGAGUUGCAGCUAAGUUCUCAAUCACCAAGGGAAACGAUGGAAGCUAAAAGUGCAGAAAUUAUCCCCACAGUUAUAAUUUCACAAGACGUUACAAGUCCAAAAGAUGUUGUUGCCAUCACUUCAAUGGAUGGACUUUCUAGUGAACCAGAAGUGCUCAUUCCAUCUGAAGAAACUGUAAGAGAAAUAUUGACACAAAAAGUCCCCGAGACAGUUUCUGAAUCUGUAAAAAUUGAAGUGGUCACAGUUUUCAAAACUCUGCUGGAUGCGAGCAGCGUGACUGGCUCUGAUUCACAAGAUAGCACAUCCAUGAUAUAUCAUACUGACACAGCUGUGGAUAAAAGUACAGAAAUCGCAGAUCUAGAAGUUGUUACCUCAUCAAAGCAACUCUUAGAUGAAAGCACUGUAACUGUAAAAUUACUCACAGCUGCAGUUUCAGGUCCAGCAGUGACUGACAUUUCAGCUAGUGAAGUCGGGUCAACCGUGGGCCAGCAAGAUAUAAGAGUUAUAGAAGACACAACACAGGAAGUGGAUGAGUCAAUAGCAGCCACUAAACCAAUUACAUCAUCCAUAUCAGAUCAACCUGGAAUAUCAGAUGAUGGCAUUGAGAAAGUAUUGUCAUCCACCUCUGCCAUUCCUGCAAUAAUUUUGACACAAUCAUCAAUUACUGAAUCUAUUUAUCCAGCUGAUAAAACAGAGGGUUCUGGAAUGCUGACUGAGGAUAAAACAGAGAAAACUUUUACAUUACCGCCCAAAGAUUUUACAACACACGUAUCUUUUGACAAGACAUAUGGUGAUGCAACAGUGACUUCAGAAGGGAAAGAUGUACAUUUCGUACCAACUGAUAUACCAAGCACCGAGCAAUGGAGCAUUUCUGCAAAGGAAAUAGAAGAAGAAGAGACAACUGAAACAGUGCCAACACGCAUGCCUGGUACCGAUGAAGAUUCUGAACAAUUAUCAGAGGAAAUUGAAAAUAUCACUGCCAUGCCUACACCAUUGUCUACAGAUACCAAUCAGUUGAUUUUAACAUCUGAAGAGGACACACUGCCAAUGCCAGUUACAGAAGCCAGUUUUGUGGUUAGCACAAUAGUAGAUAAAGAAGCAGAUCUUGUUACUGAAGGAAGUGGCUUAGACCAAGAAGUGGAACUAAAGACAGUUGCUUCUGUUGCCCCAGAGAAACAUGAGGAAAGUUUAGUAUCAACAGAAAGCAAGCAGGAGACCACUUUGUCACCCACUGAAGGAAUCAUGCAACUAUCGUCUGAAACAACAAUUGCUCCUUUAAGUCAAGAGGAUGUAACGAGUUCUGAUGUUGAAAGUCCAGUUUUGUUCACGACAUCCACAAGUUCAGUAACUGAUGUGGAUACAGUUUACAUAAAAGAAGUAACUGGAAAAACUUUCACCACACCGCAAAGUAUCACAGAUAGGGAAACAUUGGAAACUGAAAAGAUUUCUACAGAAUUAGAGCCAGAAAGUGAGGGCUCUGCAGAUUUUGACUCAACAGAGACAACAAAAACUGAAGGAACUGUAGCCAGUGAGCAUUCUACAAGUGAAAUAUUACCAAGUGAACUGAAACCCACAGUCACAGAAUAUGUUCCAUUAUAUUCAUCUGAAAGUCCUGACACUCAUGUACCCACUGAGAGAGGGGAAACUGUUGCACUAAGUACUGAUGAAGCAAUAACCAUUUCCAAGGACAUAGUAAAACAGCACACAACAGUAACACCUCCUGUGAGAAAACCAGACUUAAUUGAUAUAGAGCAUGAAGAGGAGCCAAGUCAAUCAACUAUUGUAAUUGAUGAAUCUAUUUCACCCGUGAAAGUCACUACUGAACUUGACAUGACAAGUAAACCUGUAGAAGCAGAGAUUGAUUCAGAAUAUUUCACUAGUGGAACAUCUGAGGUACCACCAACAUCAUCCACCGAGUGUGAUGAUGCUAGUAAAAGUUCUGAACUAACAAAGGACUCAACUGAAGUAAGUGAAGGAGAACAUAGCCCAGAGAUUCCAUCACACAUUGACACCAUCAACCUAAUUGUUAUUGAGCUUAAUGACAACGAAACAGAAGACCAAGUGCAUAUUUUCAUUAAUGAAAUUGGUUUGCCAUUUGGUUCAUCAUCUGAGGAGACCAAUGACUGUGACAAUUCUACGGUUGUACCAACAUCCCCAUCAGUACAAUUCAUUAAUGGAAAGCAAGAGAUUACUAAUGAACCUAAAGAUCCCAAGGCAGAGGAAGCUAGGAGGGACCAGAUCGAGAGUGUUACACCUUCAGAAAAUGCAUCAGUCACUCAAAUAAGUGAAGUAACAGAGCAAGGCACAUCACAAACAGAAGCACCAGCUGAGGUCCAUUCAAUUCAGUCUAAUGAUACAAAACCACCAUUAGGAACAGAAGAGCCCUUAAGUGACAUUAAAAAACAAGAUCCAGAAUAUAGUGGUGAUUUAGAAAUCGUUGGUGAUGAAAAAAAAUCUACUAUAUCACCAACUCCUAGAGAUGUCAUAUCUACAUCACAAAAGCCAAGUGAAGCUCAGCCUAGAGAAACUAUUCCUUUAUUUACCAUUGAAUCUUCAGGAGAUGAUGACUCUGAUGAUAAACUAACAAGUGUUGUGCCAGCGUUUGUAACCAGCUUUACAGAAAGCCCUAAGCCAGCCAGUGAAACCUAUGGUGAUUUGGCAACACCCCCACGUCACCUAACACUUGCAAAUGACACAGAUGAAGGAAGCGAAACGCCACUUGGAGAACAUGAUACACUCAUAAGCGUUUCAACUCUGAGUACAUUUUUGAUUUCCGAAAUAUCUGGGCAGACGGAAACUGUACAAAUUCUUAGUUUUGAAACCACAAAGCAAACAUUUACAGAAAGUAAGGAUAUAACAACACAGGGCAGUGUUCUGCAAACAGCAUCAGAACCCUCACAGUUGAAGGAGAUCAGCCCACUUCCUGUUUCUACUGUGGAAGCACCCCUUGUUCACACAGAAUUUAUAAAAAAUGCAACAGAAUAUUUACCACAACCUCAAACAGCUCAUGAGAUUACUAUAGGUGAAUUUUUCACUCAAGAGAGUUCUGGGGAUUCUGAAAUUUCAACCCCUACAUCACAAGCUCAGCUGGAUCUAACCACAGAUUUGAAAGCUGAUGCCACCAAAGAACCAACCACUUCUUUCACAUCAGAGAGACCAAAGGAUGAAGAAAAAAUAACAAUUAUUGAUAAGUUUGAUGCACAUACUGCAGAGAUUAAAACAGAUAUUUUUCCUAUACAUACCUCACAGGAACCAGCAGUUGCUACUUCUUUUAAAUAUACAACAACAGAGAAAGUUGAUGCAUACAUUGCAACUGGAUCUGGUGAUGGUGAGCUAACUGGAGAAACUAUAACGGUAAGCCCAGUCAUUAGUUCUGAAUCCUCUACAGAAAAAACUGAAAUUGUCCAUUCAGCCUACAUUUCUCCAACAGUGGAACUCACAACUGAUGAAGAAAAAUCAUCUUCAGUAAAAACCUUUACAGUACCGAGCAUAUUAAAAGAUCAUACUUCAUAUAAACACUCUGAAACAAUGAGCACUUUUUCAUCUUUAAUAGAAGAGGGAUCUGGUGAUCUUGUUGCAAUCACAACACAAUACAGUGCUACAGAAUCUGCUACAGAAACACAACCAAAGCAGCUCACUAUUACUGAAGUGCAACCUACUGAUGAAGGCUCAGGAGAAGAACAGCACUUAGUUGACAAAUUGUUCGCUACAACACAUCGACCAAGUGAUGAAACCAAAGCAGACGAAAAUCUUUCUAGCACAAUUCUACCAUUCAAAGAACAAACAGAGAGUGAAAAAGAAAUAUCUGAAUUAAAAGCAACAGAUGAGAUCACAAUACAAUCUAUCAGUCCCACACAAUCUAUUACAGAAACCGCACCGCAAAAACUCACUAUUACCGAACUGGAACCAAGUAAAAGUUCAGGAAAUGAAGGUGAUUUGUUUACAUCAUUUUUAGCUACCACGCCUCAGCAAAGUGUUGAAACAAAAUCAGAAGAAGUAAUUUAUACAAGCACAAUUCUACCAAUAAUAGUGCAAACAGAGGGUACACAAGUAGAAAAAUCAGACAUAACACAAUCUGAGCUAAUAGCAACAGAUGUGAUCACAAUGUCUAUCAGUCCUACAGAACCAAGUACAGAAACAGAAUCACAGACACUCACUGCUACUGAACUACAAUCUUCCGAAGGAUCAGGGCAUGAAGAUGACUUACUUGAAAAAAAAUUUAUUACAACACCUAGUCCAAGUGUUGAAUCAAAAACAGAAAAACAAUUACUUACAAGCACAAUUCUACCGAUCUCAGAGCAAAGAGAGAGUGUGGAAGAAGUCACAUCUGAGUUAAAAGCAACAGUUGAGAUCACAAUGCCAUCUGUCAGUCCUGAAGAACCUGUUACAGAAACAGAUCCAAAGCAACUGACUAUAACUGAACUGCAACCUACUGAAGGAUCGGGAGACGACUCGAUUGGGUUUUUGGUUUCAACGCCUCAUCCAAGUGAUGAAUCACAAACAGAAAAAAGUCUGCUUGGUAGCACAAUUCAUCCAAUCACAGAACAAGCACAGGGUGUAGAAGAAGUAAAAUCAGAAAUAGCACAUACUGAACUUAAAGUAACAGAACUGAUCACAACUCAUUCUUUCAGUCCUACAGAAUCUGUUACAGAAACACAACCACAAAAGCUGAGUAUUACUGAACUGCCACUUGUUGAAGGAUCAGGAGAUGACGUGGUUGAGUUUUUGCCAACAACAACUCAUCCAAGUAUCGAAUCAAAAUCAGAAGAAAGUCUGUAUACAAGUACUGUGCAACCAAUCGCAGAGCAAACAGAGGGCACAGAAAUAGUUGAGGUAAAAGCAACAGAGGACCUCACAAUAAAACCUAGCACUUCUACAGAAUCUCUUACAGCAACUCCAUCUCAGAAAAUCCUUAUUACUGAAUUGCAACCAAUCGAAGGCUCAGGAACUGAAGAGGACAUAUUUGAAAAAGUUUUGGUUAUAACAUCUCAUCCAAGUAUUGAAAGUCUGUAUAUAAGUACUACUCAACCAAUCACAGAGCAAACAGAGGACACAGAACUUGAAACAUUUGAGCUAAAAGCAACAGAUGAAAUCACAAUAAAACCUACCAGUUCUAAAGAAUCUCUUACAGAAACUCCACCUCACAAAAUCACGAUUACUGAAUUGCAACCGAUCGAAGGUUCAGGAACUGAAGAGGCCAAAUUUGAAAAAGUUUUGGUUACAACAUCUCAUCCAAGUAUUGAAAGUCUGUAUAUAAGUACUACUCAACCGAUCACAGAGCAAACAGAGGGCACAGAACUUGAAACAUUUGAGCUAAAAGCAACAGAUGAAAUCACAAUAAAACCUACCAGUUCUAAAGAAUCUCUUACAGAAACUCCACCUCACAAAAUCACGAUUACUGAAUUGCAACCGAUCGAAGGUUCAGGAACUGAGGAGGACAAAUUUGAAAAAGUUUUGGUUACAACAUCUCAUCCAAGUAUUGAAAGUCUGUAUAUAAGUACUACUCAACCGAUCACAGAGCAAACAGAGGGCACAGAACUUGAAACAUUUGAGCUAAAAGCAACAGAUGAAAUCACAAUAAAACCUACCAGUUCUAAAGAAUCUCUUACAGAAACUCCACCUCACAAAAUCACUAUUACUGAAUUGCAACCGAUCGAAGGCUCAGGAACUGAAGAGGACAUGUUUCAAAAAGUUUUGGUUACCACAUCUCAUCCAAGUGUUGAAACAAUAUCAAAAGAUAUUACAUAUAUAAGCACAAUUCUACCAAUCACAGAGCAAACUGAGGGCACAAAAGCUGAAACAUUUGAACUAAAAGCAUUAGAUGGAAUUACAAUAAAACCUAUCAGUCCUACAGAACCCAUUACAGAACCACCAAAGAAACUCAUUAUUACUGAACUGCAACCUACAGAAGGCUCAGGGAGUGAAGACAGCUUGUUUAUUUCGGUGACAUCACCUCAGCCAAGUAUUGAAACAAAAUCAGAUGAAAGACUCUAUAUAAGCACAAUUCUGCCAAUCACAGAGCAAAUGGAAAAGGUGGAAGAAGAAACAUCAGAAAUAACACAAGCUGAGCUAAAAACAACAGAUGUAAUCCCAAUACAGUCUACAGAAACACAACCACAGACAAUCACCAUUACUGAACCUUUUGAAGGCUCGGGGGAUGAAGAUGACUUGGUUAAAACAUUUUUGCCUACAACAUCUCAGCCAAGUGUUGAAGAAAAAACAGAAGAAAGUAUAUAUGGAAGCACAACUCUACCCUUCACAGACAAAACAGAAGGAGUGGAAGACGAAAAAUCUGAAGUAAAAGCACCAGAUGAGAUCACAAUGCAGUCUAUUAGUACUACAGAACCUCUUACAGAAACGCAACCACAGAAACUCAUUAUUACUGAACUGCCAUCUGUUGAAGGAUCAGGAGUAGUAGAGGACUUAGUUGAAACAUUUUUUUUUACAACACCUAGUCUAAGUGUUGAAACAAAAUCAGAGAUAAGUCUGCAUACAAGCACAAUUAUAGCAAUUACAGAACAAACUAAAAGUGUGGAAGAACAAAAAUCAGAAAUAACACCAGCUGAACUCAAAGCAGAUGAGAUCACAAUUGAGUCUAGCAGUCCUACAAAACCUAUUACAGUAACACAAACAGAGAAAAUAACUAUUUCUGAGCUGAAUCCUAUUGAAGGCUCAGGAACUGAAGAUGAUGUUACAUCAAUUGUUGUUUCAAAGCCUUAUUCAACUAUUGAAACAAAAUCCAGAGAAAGCUUGUAUAUAAGCACAAUUCCACCAAUCACAGAACAAACAGAGGGUACAGAAGUAGAAAUAUUAGAAACAACACAAACUGAUCUGAAAGUAAUAGAUGACGUUACAUUGCAGUCUAUAACUUCUACAGAACCCUACACAGAAAUUAUUUCUUCAGCAGUCACUGCCACUAAACUAUCACCUACUGAAGGUUCAGGAGGUGAUGAUGACGUGAUGGUAGAAACUUUGGUCUCAACAACUGUGUCAAGUAGUGAAACUAAAGUCAAAGAAAGUUUCUAUACAAGCACACUUUUACCAAGUACCCCACAAUCAGAAAGGGUGGAACAAGAAAAAUCUGAAACAACAAAGCCUGAAAUAAAAGGAACAGAAGAAGUUACAGUGCAGUCUAUUAGACCUACAGAGUUCAUCACGGAAACUCAACCACAAAAACUUACUGUCGAUGAACUGGUAACUACAGAAGGCUCAGGAGAAGACUUGCUCACUGAUUUAUUUGUAACAACACUUGCAUCAAGCAUUGUUACAAAGUCAGAAGAGCAAACCAAAACAUUCCUUACAACAGAAUCUCCAAUUGCUAUAGAAGAUUCUACUGAUAUUAUUAAAGGGCAUCCAAGCAGCACAGAAGCCCAAUCAAAGAAACUAAGUAGCACUGAUUUUAUAUCUCCAGAAGAAGGUUCUGGAGAUGAAGACACAAUUUCUACCAGUUCAUCUAUAAAGAUUCCUGUUCCAACAAUCGAUGUGAAAAUUGAAAAACAGCAUGAAACAAUUAGCACAUCCCCUCAAACUGCAGAAAAACCUGAAACUACUACUAGAUUAGAAAGCAUCACACAAAAGCCAUCAACCCUAGAACCUAAGAUAAGAUUCCACACAAUUGCACCGGAAAUAAAACAAGAAGUAACAUCUCACACAGAAGAAUUAUCAAGACAAAAAGUGGUUCCCACUACUACCUUAAGCUUUGAAGAUGAAAAUGAAUAUUUAAUAGGCACAGGUAAAACACCUCAGUUGGAGGUUAUGGAAGAAAGCACUGUCAGUAGUGCAUGGAUUGAGACUGAACCAAAAGAAACCAUAAGUGAAGCCAUUAGUGCUUCAUCUUUAGCAACAGAAUUUAUUUUGGAUUACAAAUCAGGCACAACAAUUAGAGAUGAGCUUACAACAUCAACUGCAGAUCAAGAUACAAGUGAAGAAUUAAAGUUGAAAACUGUUACACCCCAGUAUAUAGAGCAAAUUAUAUUCACAGUAAAUACAUCCAUUUCUGAAGAAGGAUCUGGAGAUGUAUCUUCAACUGUUAAGGCAACACCAUUGUAUAUAUCCACCACACAGCAAACUGAACUAAGUUCCAGUGAACCCUUGAUAAUUAAAACGUUACCCUUUACAUCAAGUGGUAAAGAAAAAGACAUCACUGCACUGGUUCCUAGUACAGAAGAAACACAUAAAAUACCAGAUACUGAAAAGGUAGAUAGUUAUAUUACAACCACAUUCACGGCAGAACUUGAUGGAAAAGAUCUUACCGAUGAGAUAUUUUCCGGUCGUCUUUCUGAAGAAGAGUCCCUUGGUGAGUCUACUGCACCAUCAGAUGAUACAGAAGAUAUAAUUUCUAUAAUAGAAACCCAAACAGUGUCAGUUGUAAGUGAUAUGGUUACUACACAGGAGUCAUCAAAGAUAACAACAAAGGGAACUUCCAGUUCCAGACCUGACAUACCUCUUGUAACCACUAGCUUGAUUAAAGAGGAAUUUUCAACAGUAUUCACUGAAAUAUCCCAAGGUUCAGAAGAGGGGUCUGGUACAGAAAUAAUUUCUAGCACUUUUGAUACUGUGCUACCAGAAAAAGAGUCUGUUUUAAGAGCAACCAGUAUACCAAGUGAAGUAAUCACUGAUGUAGUAAUUACAGAAAGUACAGAAGAUGACUCCAUAAAAAGUCUCCACUUGUCCAGUGCCUCUCCAACUGGGAAAUCUCAGGAUCUCCCAUUUACACUCCAAGUAGACACUAUACCAUUUACCACAAGGUCCCAAUUACAGGAUCUUGAAGUAGAUGGUCUGUUGAUAUCUUCUUCAGCUACUCCCAAAUAUAGCAGUGUGAUAUCAACAGUACUGCCAAUUGACACAGAGGAUAUAUCCAGAGAAACUGAUGUCAUUAGUGAUGUAACUAGCCAGAAACUACAAGAAACCGAUAGUGAAAUUAAACAUUUUACUGUCACAACAGAGAUUUCAAGUAAACUGGCAUUCUCUGAUGAAUUUGAACCAAUUGAUCCAACUGCUAGUAGUGACAUAGUUGAUGAGGAGUCUACCACAUUUGUAACCCAAGAGCCAGAACCAACGUCUCCUGUGACUGUUAUACUUGUUAAUGGUGUAUCUGAUUUAACUGGAGUACUUAUGCCAAGCACUUUGCCUUCUGCUGGAUCAAAAACCGAUCAUGUUGCCUCAGAACAAGAAGUUAGUGCAGAUGACACAGUCACCUACAAGCCAUCGGGCAUAGAUCAUAUUGAUACCUCAGAAUCUCCCUUAGAUUAUACUAUAAAAGAUGUUGACAUUUCAGAGGGAACUUUAAUAAUCACAAAAGAAGAUGAAAAUGUGAAUGACUUAGAUGACCUUAAAAAAGAUUUAUCACCUACUUCUACCUCAGCUUCUUAUGUUGUUUCCAAGAGUGAAAAACCUGAACAUGGAGCAGUCACAGAGGAACAAAGUACCGAGGACGUCAGACAGGAUGAAACUACAGAUAAUCCAUUACUGUUGACUUAUUCCACUUUGGAUGUCAGAUCAAGCACCAAUCCACCUAUUACGUACACAGUGCAAGAACCAGAAGAUAUAGACUCCCAGACUGUUUUAGCAGUAGAGAAAGAGUUAUCAACUGUGUCUACCAAUAUUGCUGAGACCACAGAAGACAGUGCAAUAAUUCCUGAUGCUUCCACAACAGAAGGUCCUGCUGAUGAGGAUAUAACGUCUUUACCUGGCCUUGUUGGAGUGACCAAUGAAAUUGACAUCCACAUUUCAACUAGUAAUAAUGUUGAAGGAACUGAACUUCACAUGACAACUCAAGACCCAUGCAAACUGAAUCCUUGCCAACAGGGUGGCACAUGUUAUCGUCGAGGGGGCUCUUCUUUCGUCUGCACUUGUAUGCCUGGUUACAGUGGAGAACUUUGCGAAAUUGACAUAGAUGAAUGCCAGGCAAAUCUCUGCCGAAAUGGUGCAGCUUGCAUCGAUGGGAUUAACACUUUCACGUGUAUCUGUCUUCCAAGUUAUACCGGAGCACUUUGUGAGCAAGAUACGGAAGUCUGCGAUUAUGGAUGGCACAAGUUUCAAGGUCAUUGCUACAAAUACUUUGCUCAUCGUCGCACCUGGGAUGCAGCUGAGAGAGAAUGCCGUGUUCAGGGAGGACAUUUGACGAGCGUUCUGUCACAAGAAGAGCAGUCAUUUGUCAACCGAUUGGGUCAUGAUUAUCAGUGGAUUGGUCUUAAUGAUAAGAUGUUCGAGAAUGAUUUCCGCUGGUCUGAUGGGAGUACCCUGCAAUAUGAAAACUGGAGGCCAAGCCAACCUGACAGUUUCUUUUCUGCGGGAGAAGAUUGUGUCGUUAUUAUCUGGCAUGAAAACGGGCAAUGGAAUGACGUACCGUGCAAUUAUCACCUUACAUACACCUGCAAGAAGGGAACAGUUGCUUGUGGACAGCCUCCUGUAGUAGAAAAUGCAAAAACAUUUGGAAAGGUUAAGCCACGUUAUGAGAUCAAUUCACUAAUAAGAUACCACUGCAAAGACGGAUUCGUCCAGCGUCACAUGCCAACUAUUCGAUGCCUAGGAGAUGGAAGAUGGGAUCUGCCCAAGGUUACAUGUAUGCAACCGUCCAUGUACCAACGGACUUAUUCUAAGAAAUAUUACUACAAAUUCAUUCCACCUGAGAUGAGGACCUCUCAAAACUCCCCCAAACAUCAACACCGUUGGAGCAGGACUUGGCAAAACUCCCCACGCUGAAUGAGUUUUUAACACCACCAGCGGACACUUUAGCUGCCGAAGUCCUAAAUUACAGUGCCUUUGAAAUAAGAAGUGUUAUCUGUCGGGCCUUGGACAUUUUGGGACAAUGGCAUAAAAAAAAAAAAAAAAAAAUUGAAGAUCAAACAUUUUGAAUUAAAACAUUAGCCAUUCUAGGGAACUAAACCAGAUGUAAGCAUAAAAUAAUUUCCAGCCUACUAGAAAUCUUUCGUUUUUGUAUGUCACCAAUGCAAACCAUUUUAUUGUAUUAAUACAAGCUUACUUUAAUAUUUAAACAGCUUGACAGUAGCACCGAUGACAUUUGUAAAUAAGAUGAUUUAAAUACGUUUUCUAAUCAUGUAUAUAAAAAAAUAAAUAGUGACACUAAAGUCAAGCAUAUUUAAUAAGUGCUAUAUAGUGCAACCGUCAAAUCAUAAAUUUAAAUUGAUGCUCGUUUACCGAGGCUGGAAAUAAUUCGAAGUGUGGAGGAAAAAUUUGUGCCAGAAGAGGAGACGUUUUCACCAUUAAAAAAAAAGAUUGUGCCAUAUAUUGAAAUGUUUUUAUGUUUUAAGAGAAAAAAACCCAAACAAAACAAACUAAGCUUUGAAGGUACAUCAGAAUCUAGCCUCUGUGUUGACUGCAAUAAAGGAGUAAUUUUUCUUGCCAUCAUCCAUGACCACUUUUUAAAAAUGGACUAUUUGGAUGAAUUAUCUUUUAUUCUAUUAGUCAGUAGUUUUGUUUUAUGUUUUAGAAACAUUUUCAGUGGCAGAGGGUUCUGUUCCUGGACUAAAAGAGUUAAACUACUGUACUAACUCAUUAACCCCUUCAGGACCAGAGACAUGUCGGGAAUUUCACGAUUACAAGGGAUGCGCCUAAGCCUGAUCCUGAAGGAGUUAAGGGAGUCAUUUCUAAUGGUCAGUGACGCAAACGCUGACAUCGAUGCACCACAUUUGCGUCACGCCUAUCAUUUACAAAACUGCAUCGCUUUUUUUGAUGCAAGCGUUUAUAUGGAGUCAAGACUGCUGCAUAAGUAGAUGCAACAAAAAAAUUAAAGUAAAAGAAGUGACUCAGUUUUGAAUUUGCAUCAAAUUAUUUGCACCUGAGAAGAUCCCACUUUUAUUAUUUUUUUUGUUUUUGUUUUUCGUUUUGUUAUACCAAUAGGGGACCUUUGUUAAGUGUGUUUGAAAACACUAACAUUGUAUCUGGAGGGUGCAUUUACAAUUGUUUUGUAAAAAAAAAAAAAAAUACAAAAAAAAACAAAAAAACACAGUAAAUAAUUUUGUACAUAUAAUCAUUUCUAGGUCUUUUUUAAUGAAAUAGUAAAUGUUUAUUGAUGAAUGCGGCAGCUGUGAAGCAUACUCAAAUAAUUGUACAAAGCCAUACUGCUUAAAUUUAUGGGAUGUGUUGUCGUCAAAUCAAAAGACGUUUUAUUUUGAUUAUCAAAAUGUCAUCUCUUUUUUUUAUGACCAAACAUCAUAGCUUAUUAAUCUAAAAAUUAGGAUGCAUCCCUACCUAAAAUCAAGAAAUCCAAAUUAAUAAUUUUUUUCUCUCAUCUCAUCUUGUUGGGAUCAAAUAUUUCAUUUCAGAGUAUCAGCGUAUUAAAAGAACAUAUAUUGUUAUAUUAAACCUGCACACUGUAGUAGAUACAAUAUAUAUUUCUGGAAAAAAAAAAAAAUCUCCCUGUUACUUUAAACGUAGGCACGGAAGCAGGACUUGGAAAUGGGACAAAUGGUUUAGCACCUUCUGUUUCUAAAACUCACAGUUAUGUUGUUACUGAAAAUAUUUUCACCUUUUUGCCUAGAAAACUUAAUUUAGCUACAAUGCUGCAUAAUUCGUCAAGCACACUUGAAUAAUCUCAUGUAUUUAUACUCUCUUGUGAAAUAUUUUGUCAUUAUAUUCCUAAAUUUUCUUUUCCCCUCGAAAAAUGUAUCCUAAGAAUAGCACAUUAAUGUAAAAUAACUAAAUAUAUAUUGUUUAAUAUAUUGAUUUCCCUUUUUUUUAUUUUUUUUAUUUUUUUUUAAAAUGUUAGUGCAGUAUGCACCUGGAACUCAGUAGCAAAAAAAAAAAAAAAAGUAAUGAAAACGCUAAACAUGUAUUUAUUGAAAUUAGUCUACUGUAAUAAAAUAUCUGGUAUUUACUAAAGGCACAUAGACAUUCCAUAAAGAAAAACAGUUAUGGCUUCUUAACAAUCCGUCCUACUUACUAAUAGAGUGAUUGAUUCAUUCCGUCAGCUGCUGCAAAUUGCUGAAACUUUUUUGUACUUGACAACAAUGCACCACAGUGUUGACCUGUAUGUUUUUUUUUCUAUUAUUACAAUGCACAUAAUACUUUUUUUCCUGUAUUUAUAUUAUAACGUGUAUAGUAUAUAAUGUGAACCUUUGGAUAUUUGUGAAUGAAAGUCUAAAAUCUUUGUAACUUUUUAUAUUCGCUUCUGUUUCACCAAAGAAACUCUGUUUUGUUUGCUAGUAAAUGGUUUAUAGUGUUUUUAUUUAUUCUAUUUUUUUUUUUUUUUAAUUAUUAUUAUUUUCUAAAUAGAAGAAUGUGUAACUAGGGACAAAAUCAAUAAACACUCAAAUGUUCACAUGUCUCUAGCAGGUUCCCUGAGCCUGUUUAGUUAUCUGAAACCGAAUGAUUGUUAAGCUUCAGAUCUCGGAAAUUGAAACCAUUCUAUGCGUUUAUAUCUCUGUUUCUCUAUUCACAUCAAGGUGUCCCUGAUUGGUUGAAUUGUAGCUAGAAUUUUUGAGGCAGCAAAUUAUAUAACGAUACGAUAUUUAUCUACGUCAAGAUAGUUUGAUCAAUAUUUUGUCUAUGCUAUGGCAAAGCAUUCUUUCAAACGGUUCUAUGCAAUCCUUGUGCCUUUUAGUUUGAAUGCAUGUGACAAGGUGGAUAAAACAGUUGACGUAGGGUCCAUGAAAGCUGCCAAUAUUAAUUCCUUAUGGUAAUUUACUAAACCGGGAUAGGCAACCUUCAACACUCUAGAUGUUGUGGACUCCUAUAAUACUCUUACAGCCACAGUGUUGACAAAGCUUCAGGGGAGAUGUAGUCCACAACAUCUGGAAUGCCGAAGGUUGUCCAACCAUGCACUAAACCUUUAUGUUGGCUUAAAAAGUGACACGUAACAAUUAUCCACCUGCUGCAACUGAAGUUUUUUUCCCCACUAGUCUUUGUUAUACAUUUUUCAAGUUGGUUUUACAUUUACCAUUGCUCACUGUUUUAGUUACCCUGCUUGUAAUUUAUAAGCCUCUUUACAAACUUUUGAUUCUGUCUGGCUUUUGUCAUUGGUAAAAAAAAGAAUAAAACCUAUUAGACCAUUGUA